AACGCCGGGCCCCGCGAUUGCUACAUUACACGUGUGCAUUCUUUUCCCAGUUUCUUGCAGGCCUGACCUGCAAGACUUAAUGGAAACUCGACAUUUACUCGCGGGGAAGCCGACAUUUUAGUAUUACUGCAGAAAAGCCUUUGCAACAAACUUUUUCCCGUCCCCUCUCGCCUUGUAGGAGAGAACAGAAAGACCCACUUGGUUCCCCAGUUUGCUCCGUUUCUCAGAACCGGAGCAGCAACGGCUCGGCCCCUCCCGCCCAUGGGUGCUUUCCUUGUCCUGUCUGGGGCUCCGCUGAAGAAGCGAGCCAGGGCUCCUUUCCCGCGUCCACCCCUGGAGCCGAGAGGUCACAAACUGGACCCGGCUCCGGCGCUUUCGGGCCCGCACAAGGGUAAAAAGGGGCGUGCCCAGAAAUGGGUGACGUAACUCCGCCGCUCAACCAGUAAGAGGCCGGCCUUUCGGAGCUCUGUUCCAAUAGGAAGCCAGCUUGCCGUGUGAGUGGCGUUAAGGCCGGGCAGACUGAAGCGGGGCUGAGAAAUGAAGUUAGGUAAAAAGCCCUUUUGGCUAUCCAGAAGUUUAUUAGGCAUUUCUCAGCCUGAAAAUUAAGGAUUCCUCAUUAACUGUCGCUUCCUCCCGAUUUACAAUCCUGGACGAGCCGGACAGCAACACUAGAGGACGAGAAGACACAGAUUCCCCCCCUCCCUUCCACCCGUGGGAGAAGAAACUUUCCCACCUUUGACGGAUCUCGCUGAUCUUUAGUAAAACCUCGCUCGCCACUGUCACCUUGGGCUCGGGGAGCGCAGCUGCUUGAAGGAAGGGGGCCUGGGUCGGCCGGUUGCCAAAGGCCCGCGCCCCGAAGCCUGGAAAUCCUUGAGAAAGAGGAAGGAGGCGCAAAAGAGACGCGCUAUGAGGUCUCCUGGGCGGAGGAGUUACUUUGGCCAACAGAGAAGGAAGAGAAGCGCCAGGGUCCUGGGCUAAAUUGCUGAGAGUCAACCACGCCUUUGGGGCUCUUUCCUCUGGAUUCCUCACUUUGGUGGGUUCUCCGCGGCUUUGUUGAAAUCGAGGGUGUCAUAAUGCUACUCCUCAGCUGGUAAAGCAGUCCCGUGCUCGCCUUCUCCCCUCUUGAACCCCACACAGCGCCGGAGGUUUGGGCGAGAUGGCUUAGUUAGAGGGACGCCAAGCCAAGGGGAGCUGGCGAUGCUUUGUUGGGAGUGACCUUUCUUCUUGGAUGCAUCUGCGGAGCUGGCCUGGUCACAGAGAAGGGGAAAGGCAGCACCAUGAAAGAGAAAUCUAAAAAUGCUGCCCGGACUAGGCGGGAGAAAGAAAACAGCGAAUUCUACGAACUGGCCAAGCUUCUGCCUUUGCCUUCGGCUAUCACCUCGCAACUGGACAAGGCCUCCAUCAUUCGGCUCACCACCAGCUACUUAAAAAUGAGGGUGGUCUUCCCAGAAGGACUCGGGGAGGCCUGGGGCCACUCAAGUCGAUCCAGCCCUCUGGACAACGUCGGUCGCGAGCUGGGAUCCCACCUGCUUCAGACUUUGGACGGUUUCAUUUUUGUGGUAGCUCCUGAUGGCAAGAUCAUGUAUAUCUCGGAGACCGCCUCGGUGCACUUGGGUUUAUCGCAGGUAGAGCUGACCGGCAACAGCAUUUACGAAUACAUCCACCCGGCCGAUCACGACGAGAUGACCGCCGUCCUCACCGCUCAUCAGCCCUACCAUUCCCACUUCGUUCAGGAGUACGAGAUCGAGCGCUCCUUUUUCCUACGGAUGAAAUGCGUCUUGGCCAAGCGGAACGCGGGCCUCACCUGUGGAGGCUACAAGGUGAUUCAUUGCAGUGGUUACCUAAAGAUCCGCCAGUACAGCUUGGACAUGUCCCCUUUUGAUGGCUGCUACCAAAAUGUUGGAUUGGUGGCAGUGGGCCACUCCUUACCCCCCAGUGCUGUGACAGAGAUUAAGCUGCACAGCAAUAUGUUUAUGUUUCGGGCCAGCCUGGAUAUGAAGCUCAUCUUCCUUGAUUCACGGGUAGCUGAGCUGACUGGUUAUGAACCUCAGGACUUGAUUGAGAAGACACUGUACCACCACGUCCAUGGCUGUGACACUUUCCAUUUGCGCUGCGCUCACCACCUGCGUAAGGAGCCUCUUCCCUUUGAGCCUUUGAAGCCCUCAGCUGAGCCCUGUUUACUCAGAAUGCUAGUGAAAGGGCAAGUCACCACUAAAUAUUAUCGUUUCCUGGCCAAACAAGGUGGCUGGGUUUGGGUGCAGAGCUACGCCACCAUCGUUCACAACAGCCGGUCUUCCCGGCCCCAUUGCAUCGUCAGCGUCAACUAUGUGCUCACGGAUACAGAAUACAAAGGACUUCAGCUCUCCCUCGAUCAGGUUUCGGCUACAAAACCGGCCUUCCCAUAUGCAAACUCAAUUCCAACUAUAACUGACAAUAGAAAAGGAAGCAAAUCACGUCUCCCUGCCGCAAAGUCCAAAUCUAGGACAUCACCUUAUCCACAACAGUAUUCUGGGUUUCAUACAGAAAGAUCUGAAUCUGAUCAUGAAAGCCAGUGGGGUGGAAGUCCACUGACUGACACUGCAUCUCCACAAUUAAUGGAUCCCACUGAAAGACCAAACUCUCAGCAUCAUGAUGUUUCCUGUGCCUAUAGACAAUAUUCGGAUCGUGGUGCCCUCUGCUAUGGUUUUGCACUUGACCAUUCUAAGUUAACUGAGGAUAGACACUUCCAUACUCAAGCCUGCGAAGGGGGCAGGUGUGAGGCUGGUCGGUACUUUCUUGGCACACCGCAGCCUGGAAGGGAAGCAUGGUGGGGUUCUCGAUCUGGCCUUCCACUAACCAAAUCUUCUCCUGAGAGCCGAGAAGCCUAUGAAAGCAACAUGCCCCACAUAACCUCCAUUCACAGGAUUCAUGGAAGAGGGCACUGGGAUGAAGAAAGUGUGGUUAGUUCCCCAGAUCCUGGUUCGGCUAGUGAGUCGGGGGACCGAUACCACUCUGAGCAAUAUCAGGGCAGUCCACACGAGCCCAGCAAAAUCGAAACUCUAAUCAGAGCGACUCAGCAAAUGAUUAAAGAAGAAGAGAACAGGCUACAGCAACAGAAAUCCAGCCCUGAUCAGUUGAUUUCCAUUAAUGGAGCUGGGAAAAAGCACUCUGUUUGUUUUACAAACUACCAUCAGCAGCAACAGCUGAGAGAAGCCUGCCGAGUCCCCAGCAUCACCACUACACCGCCUUGUGAACACACACAGCAACAACGGGAUGGGAAACUGAUGAGCCCCCAGGAGAACGACUAUGACAACAGCCCCACAACGCUAUCUAGAAUAAACAGUCCUGGGUCUGAUCGAAUGUCUAAAUCAGGCUUGCUCUUGGCUAAAGACUAUUUUCAUUCAAAUGUGUCACCCCAUCAGACACCAGGGGACCAUCAUCCCACAAGUUCUCCAAAUUAUUACACUUCCCAUAGGCAAUACUUCGAUAAGCAUGCCUACACCUUAACAGGAUUUGCUCUGGAGCACCUUUAUGACAGUGAAACGAUUAGGAAUUAUUCUUUGGGUUGCAAUGGAUCACACUUUGAUGUGACUUCUCACCUACGGAUGCAGCAAGAUCCAGCACAGGGACACAAGGGGACAUCUGUUAUAAUAACCAAUGGAAGCUGAUGGGCCUUUU